AUGGCAGCCAUCAACAAGAAGCUCAUCAUCGCAAUCGGGGGCGACGAUGCCGGCUUCGAUUACAAGGCGAAGCUGACCGCGGACCUCGAGGCGGAUCCCCGCGUGGCCGAAGUGGUCGAUGUCGGACCCAACUCGCCGAGCGACAAGACGCCCUACCCACAAUACGCCAUAGCAGCAGCCGAGCUGGUGGCCUCUGGGAAGGCCGAUCGCGCCCUGCUCAUCUGCGGCACGGGCUUGGGGGUAGCCAUCAGCGCCAAUAAGGUCGCCGGAGUACGGGCCGUCACGGCCCACGAUAGCUUCAGCGUCGAGCGCGCGGUCCUGUCCAACGACGCCCAGAUUCUCUGCCUGGGGCAAAGAGUCAUUGGUGUUGAGUUGGCGAGACGGCUGACUAAGGAGUGGCUUGGUUACACAUUCGAUCCCACAUCGUCAUCGGCGACAAAGGUGCAGGCGAUCAAUGACUAUGACAUGCAGCGCUCGCAGGCUGUGGCUGCGGUAUGA